AUGAAAGAAAGCCAUGGCCACGAGCAACCAAAAACCCACACAAAGAUCCUCCUCGCCUCACUCUCAGCCAUGGUGGCCGAGACAGCCACUUUCCCAAUAGACUUGACAAAGACCCGGCUCCAGCUCCAUUCCUCCACUACUAAACCUAUCAACGCCUUCAUGGUGGCCGUUGAGAUCUUUCGCCAGCAGGGUCCUCUCGGGCUCUACCAGGGCCUUUCUCCUGCCAUUUUAAGACACCUAUUCUACACUCCUAUACGAAUUGUGGGCUAUGAGAAUUUGAGAUAUCUUGUGGUGGUCAACGAUGAAGUUGCUGCUGGUGGUGGUCGUUUUGUUUCUCUGUCCAAUAAAGCUCUCCUUGGUGGAAUUUCUGGUGUUAUUGCCCAGGUGGUGGCUAGCCCUGCUGAUCUUGUUAAGGUGCGGAUGCAAGCACAUGGUCGUACCAUAAACCAAGGUCUCCACCCUAGGUACUCGGGGCCUUUUGAUGCUUUCAGCAAGAUUAUAGGGGCAGAAGGCUUUGGUGGUCUGUGGAAAGGAGUUCUCCCCAACAUCCAAAGAGCAUUUUUGGUGAACAUGGGAGAGUUAGCCUGUUAUGAUCAUGCAAAGGGAUUUAUCAUCCAGAACCAGAUAUCUGCUGAUAAUAUCUAUGCCCAUACCUUAGCAUCUAUCAUGUCAGGACUUUCUGCAACUGCUUUGAGUUGCCCAGCUGAUGUUGUGAAGACAAGAAUGAUGAAUCAGGAAGCAAGCAGGGAUGGCAAGGUUAUGUAUCGGAGCUCUUAUGAAUGUCUUGUGAAGACAGUUAGAAUGGAGGGAUUGAAAGCACUAUGGAAGGGAUUCUUUCCUACGUGGGCUAGACUUGGUCCAUGGCAAUUUGUUUUCUGGGUCACUUACGAGAAAUUUCGACAAGCUGUAGGGCUGUCUUCCUUCUGA